AUGAACGCUACCAGAUCGCUUCUCGCUCUCACAUCGUCCUUCGCCCGAAUGGCUGUCAGGCCGCAAGUCCCUCUCACUUCUUCCUCACGAUCGGUCAUUACCCCUGUAGGAAGAGAGAUGAGAGGUUUCGCUUCAUCUUCGAGAUGUGAAGCUACCAUUCAACAGGUCCUUCGAGGAGCUCGUAAAUCAUCCAAACGGAAAUCAUCUGUCCCUCUGCUAGACAACUGUUUCCAGAAAAAAGCAGUCUGCGCCAAAGUGUAUACCACCAAACCUCGUAAACCCAAUUCAGCCGUUCGUAAAGUCGCCAGAGUCAAGUUGAGUAAUGGGUCAAUGACCACCGCCUAUAUACCUGGGGAGGGUCAUAAUCUACAGGAACAUAGUGUGGUGUUGGUAAGAGGUGGUGGAGCGAAGGAUUUACCUGGUGUUAGGUACAAAAUCAUCAGAGGUGCUUUAGAUUUGAAUGGUGUAGCAGGUAGAAUAUCGGCGAGAUCGAAAUUUGGUGUCAAGAAACCUAAGAAAUCAUAG